AGCUUGAUCAACGUAGCAUGUUCAACUUUCUUGUUCCUAGCUUUGUCAAAAGGACGUUUCGCUGGAUUAUCUUCAUCACGCCAUGUUGCUACUUUUGGGAGAGGAACUUAUUAGGAUCGAUUUUCUUCCAAAGAACUUGACCGAGAGUCAACUGAAAAAGGCUGCUGGUGAAUUCUGCCCUCAUAGUGUAGGUCACUAUCUAGGCAUGGACACGCAUGACACGCACUUGGUGAGCAAAGGCCUGGGGCUACAUCCUGGAAUGGUGAUCACGGUUGAGCCUGGGAUCUACAUCUCUGAGAACAACAAAAACGUACCGGAAAGAUAUCGAGGAAUAGGCAUAAGAAUAGAGGAUGAUGUACUCAUCACUGAGAAUGGACCUGAUGUCCUCACUGCUGAAUGCCCAAAGGAGGUGGAAGAUAUUGAAAGACUGAUGAACGGCACAGAAGCUGCGAGGCUUUAAGAACCGAGACGACUAGUCACCUCAAAGGAAUAUCUUGUAAUAGAUACGACUGGUUGUAGACCGAACAAAAACAACGACAAUAAACUGAAGUAAAACACUUCCCCAAGGCACUGACCUGAGGACAAUUGCUCGAAGUCAGAGUUCGAGUCAAACAUGGUUUCAGUAACAAAUUUAACUCUGCACUGGAGAGUUGCUUUAUUGAUGAGGUCGGUGUGUUUGUAUAGUUUCCCUUUAUAUGACCUCUUUUUACGACUUAAAAUAGCAUAGGCAAAAGGAAACGUUUUCUAUCUUCGCAGCUUCAGUGUUCCUAUGCGGCAGCCCAAUUUUUCUCUUUGCUUAUUGUACGCACUUUUAGAAGCAUCUUGUUUCAAAGUUGAAUUGUCCUGGACAGUGCGUCAUUUUCAAACGUUUUUACAAAGCUCUUAGGGAUUAGCGUCUGAGGAAAGGAUAGCGCUUUGAUGAUGCAUCAGUUAUGUACAGCAUAUAGGUCUUAAUAUUUAUAACCUAAAUAUUUUCGAUCUCUAAAUAUUAAAGAGUGCAUGAUUCUGUAUCUCAAAUUCAUCGUUCUCAUCUAUAUAAAUAUACAUAUUUUCCAAAUCGGCAGACUAAGGAAUUAGAGCUAUUAUUAAUAUAACUUUAUGAAAGUGUAAGGUGUACCCUGGCCUCGGAGGGAGGUUUUUUUUUUUAAUGCUUAAGAUGCUUGUUUUUACGAAAGUGCGAGGCAACUUUUUCUGUUGUUGACGUUCCCUUGUAGAUGUAGCGAGAAUUGAAGAAACAGAAACCCUUUGAGUUUUCACGGUUGCAAAAGGACAAAACAUGAGAUUUUAGGGAUUCGAAUAUA